AUGGGAGAUGUUGAAGGAGUAGUAUGCGAAACCUGCAUGUUGUGCUUCCAUCGCAUCACGACGGAGACACCAAACUCUUUCAACAUCCCUCAUCAUCAAGAGUACGACGCGUUUGUGAAAAGUGAGGAUAAUGGUUGUUUCACUUGCAAUUGGUUAUGGGCAAAACACACCCCGCCCCAAAGCACUGAUGAGAUUCGUCGAGAUAAUGUUGGAGAGUUCAAGAUAUCCUUCAAAGUAACCGGUAACAAGGAGAUAUGGAGGACGGUGUUCCAUGUGGAAUGCUCCUGGGCUGCCGAUACGGAUCUAGAAGUCUAUAUGUCGAGAAAGAAGGAACGCAUACAGGAUUGGGGUUGCUCGCAUCGCAUGCCGUGGAGUGAUAUUGAGGCUCGCCCUUGGUCUACCUUCGACCCCAAUAUAGGGUCUAGCCAGUCCCUCGGCACAAUACAGAACUGGAUAUCGACCUGCCAAACGAAUCAUAAGUACUGCAAGCCCCCUCAAUCGGAAAGCAAGUUUUUCUUUCCAACGCGAGUUAUCGACGUUGGGAAGGCCGAUCGUGGUAUAAUAUCCUUACGGGGUAGAGAUGAAAUCAUAACCGAAGGUGGCACUACAGAGAAAGAGAUGAAUCAGCAGACAUCGUCACCCGACAAUAGGCCAAUUUACUGGUCCUUAUCGCAUCGUUGGGGUGAUCCGACUAAGAUCCGGCAACUUCUAAAGACCACGGAAAGUGAGCUUCGUAAGGGAAUAUCCUUAGACGACGUAUCACCCACAUUCCGCGACGCCGCUCUCCUUGUUCACCGCUUAGGUCAUAGAUAUAUCUGGAUCGACUCACUAUGUAUCUUCCAAGACUCGGCAAGUGAUUGGCAAAAAGAGGCUGGUACUAUGAAGGAUGUUUAUCGCAAUUCAUUUUGCAACAUAUCAGCGAUAUGUUCCUCGUUUGAUCCUACCAGUACCGGCCUCUUUGGAACAAGGAUGGCCAAGUCAAGGCUCUUGUACCCAUUUGUGGUGAAUUUGACUAAUGGACCAUGGAUUGUCUGGAACGAUUCCAUUUGGUUCGACGAUGUUAAUGGCGCGCCUCUCAGCACGCGGGGUUGGGUCGUACAAGAGCGAUUUCUGUCCCCGCGAAUCGUCCAUUUCACGAAAAAUCAAAUGUACUGGGAAUGUUUAGAAAGCACCCACUGCGAGACCGACCCUACGGGAAGCCUUCUGAUUCUGAGUAGGGAUAAGGGCAAAAAUAAUGUGAUCAGGGAAUACAAAGAUCCGGGCUUACAGCUGGCCAAAUCUCGAGCAAGACUAGCUGGUAUUGAUGUUGGCGGGGUUGACGAAUCGACUGCAAAACACUUCCAUUACCAGCAUUGGUACGAUAUGGCUUCGACAUACGCGUCAUGCGGUCUUACCAAGGAGUCUGAUAGGCUUAUUGCUAUGUCUGGUAUCGCCAAAACGUUCCAGGAAGUUAGUGGUGAUAAAUACUUAGCCGGCCUCUGGGAACGCAAAAUUGAUACCGAGCUCACUUGGAUAACUAAAGCCGGAGAGGGAGCCCAAGUUCGACGAAGCGAGUCUUACGCUCCAUCGUGGAGUUGGGUUUCUGUCACGGGAGGUGGCGUGGAAAUCAAAAUCCCCGGUGAAGUUGCCAUUAAUACGAAACCCUUGUUCAAGCUUGUCGACAUGCGAAUUGUGACGGAACCUCCCGGUGGGGAUACUACUGGUCUGCUUCGUUCAGCAGAGCUUCACAUCGAGGGCGCGGUAUAUCCUUUUAACUGGGAGGGUCAGUCUAAGAAACUCCGGUUGUCUAUUAUCGGCGAGGAUAAGACGCGAUUCUACUAUCCACUGGAUGAUAAAAAUAAUAACUUGAUCCUUGACACAUCGGAUCUAGUUAAAAAAUUUGCGGAGGGUGAUGACGUCGAAGGCGUGUGCGUUCCGAUAUCAACAUGUUUCUUCCUCGGCAUCCUCUUCGCAAUGUUCCCCUACGACUUCCCCCUCCUAUGGACCAAAGACCCUAUCUCAUCCACGUACCUCGACCAACUCGAAAUCCAUCUCAAAUUCCUCCACCAGUCCCCACCACUCAUCGCGCGCGUUCUAAGCAUCAUGGUCGGCAUCGGGUUUCUAGGCUUCUUCAUCAAACUCUUCCGCGCCUCCGAGUCUAACAUGCUAUUCGACGGCGCCUCCCUCGUCCUGUAUUUAAUCGGCGUCGGCGUGUAUAUCGCGAACAUAGUUAAGGGCUUGCGACUUGUUAGCGCUGGCGCUUGGAAUACGGAGACUGGAGGCGCGCCGUUUGAUCCUGUGGCCGUGGGUGUGGGUAGGCCUGGGGUUGGGGGCGGGGAUCCGUUGACUGGUGGGGAGAUUAUACUUGGUCGUGAGGAUAGCUUGAAGGUUAUGGCUGCUAGUAACACGAUUCUUGCGCUUGUCCUUGUGGGUGUGCUGGUCCUACAGGCUGGUCAGUGGUAUGCUGAGCGCAAGGAUAAUGAAGAGUAUGAGAAGCUUGAGAUGGAGAAGGAGAAGUCGGGUCCUAGACCAUCCAGCCCGACAGCUGAGAAGACGAAGAAGAAGCAGUGA